UCUGUUCUGUAGAGCCCAGUGGAUGUUUACAGGCUCCAGUCAGACCCACGGGGUGAAUGUCUCAUCAUAGACUGUGUUGGCAGUGAUGGAGACAUGUUGGAAGAGAUGUUCAGCGGGCUCCAAUUCAAGGUGACCCUGGUUAAGUGGCCGAGAGUGGGGGAUACCCUGUCUCUUCUCAGGCAGGCUGCCCAACCGAGGCAGACCCAGGAAGUUGAUGCCUUCGCCUGCUGCAUCAUCAGCCGUGGUACUGCUACCGAUCUGCUGGCUACAGACUCUCACAGGCUCGGGGUGCGUCUUGACACGGUCCGACACCUCUUCACCCCUGACUACUGCCCCAGGCUGGCUGGCAAGCCCAAGCUGUUCUUCAUCCAGACCUAUAGUGUGUCAGUCCCCCAGGACUGCUCCUCCAGGCCCACGGGUCACCCUGCUCACAGGGAGGGGGAUCUGGAGACAGACGGGUAUGGGGAACCUCUCAGUGUGGAGACAGUUCCCACCGACGCAGAUGUCUUCUGGAGCCACUGUUGGACAGAUGAGGGUCAGCUGGAGGAGAAGGACCAUCGGUCUGUGUACCUGCAGGCCCUGAGAGAGGCAGUUCAGAGGAGGAGAACACAUCUAGUGGAUGUCCAUACAGAGAUGAACAGGGUGAUCUUCGACCACAACAGAAGGAAUCCAGGAGCCAGAUACAACAUUAAUCUGAGACACACACUCAGGAAGAAUCUCUACAUGUUAUAGAUAGACAUAAUAUAGUUUUCUCUACUGUAUAACCACUGAGCAGUACUAGAUUAUAUUAUACAGUAUACAACAGCACCCUCUACUGGCAGCUUUGAUAACCACAACAGCACCCUCUACUGGCAGCUUUGAUAACCACAACAGCA